CAGAUGUCGCAUCAGAAAAUGCCUGCUUAUUGCCGGCAACGAUUCAACGCGAGAAAUCCUGCGCAUUGGCUGGAGCUCUGGCUGGGUCGUAGGCGCUCGUCGCUCCAUCUUGAGUAGUUUCUAGCUUGUGUGCGGUCCGGGAGUGUUAAAAGUGCGAUUUUAACCGAUGUUUAUAUUUUGAAGUGCAAAGAACGCAACCCAGAAAUGUCUUCGAACAACACCGUGAAACAAUCGACCACGCAACGUAUGAUACAAGCCGUGCCGUUUCCGCCGAGUCAAAAGCUGACAGUGGCCGAAGUUUUCGAUGCAAAAACCGCCAAACCGAAACCGGAAGCGCUUAAGCAGCACUUUGUGCUUGAAGGGCGCAUCGAUGAAACGGCCGCAUUGCGCAUCAUCAACGAGGGUGCUCAGCUCUUGCGCGCCGAAAAAACUAUGAUCGACAUCGAGGCACCCGUCACAGUAUGCGGAGAUAUACAUGGUCAGUUUUAUGACCUUAUGAAAUUAUUCGAAGUAGGGGGUCCACCCGCAAAUACAAAGUACCUUUUUCUUGGCGAUUACGUGGAUAGAGGAUAUUUUAGUAUAGAGUGUGUGUUGUACCUGUGGGCAUUAAAGCUGUGUUAUCCGACCACAUUGUUCCUCUUAAGAGGGAAUCACGAGUGUCGGCACUUAACGGAGUAUUUCACAUUUAAGCAAGAAUGUAAAAUAAAAUAUUCGGAAAGAGUAUAUGAUGCAUGUAUGGAGGCCUUCGACUGUCUGCCUCUUGCGGCGCUCAUGAAUCAACAAUUUCUCUGUGUACACGGCGGAUUAUCGCCAGAAAUACACAAUCUAGAUGAUAUACGAAAGUUAGAUCGAUUUAAAGAACCUCCCGCCUUCGGACCCAUGUGCGACCUGCUCUGGUCCGAUCCGUUAGAAGACUUCGGCAACGAGAACAACGCAGAACAUUUUUCACACAACUCCGUUAGAGGCUGCUCAUAUUUUUACAGCUAUGCCGCAUGUUGCGACUUCCUACAAAACAAUAAUCUCCUGUCGAUAAUUAGAGCGCACGAAGCACAGGAUGCGGGCCAACUUGCGGAAGGAGGUCAUACGCAAUAAAAUCCGGGCUAUUGGAAAAAUGGCUCGCGUAUUCUCUGUGUUAAGGGAGGAAAGCGAAUCUGUACUUCAACUUAAGGGUCUCACGCCGACUGGGGCGUUGCCUUUGGGCGCCCUUUCAGGCGGAAAAACCAGUCUUAAGAACGCCCUCCAAGGGUUCUCACCGAACCACAAAAUCACGAGCUUUGCCGAAGCCAAAGGGUUGGACGCGAUCAACGAGCGCAUGCCGCCGCGCAAAGACGCACCCCCUUCUCCUGCUGCGGAGGAACCCGGCGCCGCGACGCCACAGUCCAAUCAUACGCCGGCGUCGACGCAGCCGAAUGCGCAUUCGUGAGCUGCGCCUCCGCACCAAACAGCUUAGGGGCCAGCACCCGUUCAGCCCAGUCAACUCGUCUACUACAGGAAAUCAGGUGAAGAUACGGUAUUCAUUUUCGUGCAGCGGCUCCUACAUGUCACAUUCUUGAAACCCAAUAAAAACCCGCCUCAAUCCAAGACAUCGAGGAUUGGCAGGUCCGUCGCUGGCGAGACUCAACGGAAGCAAAAAGCUGGUCUGGUGCUUCGGUCUUUUGCGCAGCUACUGCGCGCGCCCCUGUCUCGCUCUUUCACACUGCUCUACUGUCUCAGUUGCACGGAGGGGGCCCCGUUCUAUGCGGCCCAAUCCCGUUCAACCUGAUCUAUAUUCCGCCUAUAUACAGAAUAAUUGCUGUCUGUUCUGCGCAGACAGUCGCUCUAUGUACUCUUUAUGGCGCGGUCUGUUUUUAUCGAAGUGCCAUUGUUGCGUCGCCGCUGGGAAUGUUCAAUUCGCCACUUAACAAUGCCGCUGAAAUUCCUAAUACUAAGACACUGUUUGCACUUUUAUAUAUUUAUUGGCCACUGUGUAUAUGUAAAUACCUAUUGCUUCCUAAGAUUGUUGUGUUCACAUUUUGUUUCACUGUUCAAAGCUCACACAUAUCACAAGAAGUGCCAUUGUUGUUUGAUUGAUUUUUCUUCACGUCAAAAAUUUUAAAAUUGUUAUAUUGAAAAAUAAUUGUUUGUUGUGAUGGUGGAUUUAUUUAGAUUUAACAUUAGUUAAAGCGUUUACUCGAUGGGAAGUCUUUAAACUAGAUUUAAUGAGUUUUCGUUGAGGACUCGCUGAUUGGCUGACCAAAUAUGAACGCAACAAUCCACCACUAAUUUUCCAAAAAAAAUAAAAAUCGGUCACUAGUUGAAGUGGCUUUCAAAACGAA